GUCCAGGCCGUCCUCAGGUGCCCGCAGUUCUAGCGUUUCCCAGCGCGCGGGGCGGGCAGUGAUUUCCGCCCUGGAACCCCUGCCUUGCCCAGGGGUCCUAGAGUCCAUAGGUGGGGAGGACAGGAGAGGACACUCACAGGACCUGGGAGAAGUCCCUCUUGUCCCCAGUUACCCCCCUUGGAAGUUGGCAGAAGAGCUACCCUUUUGUCUGGAGUUUGGAACAGGUGCCUUCACUUGGUCACACGCCAGGCAGCAGCAACAGGUGAGGGGGUACCACCCUUAUCUCCCUCUCACAGGUGAAGAAGCGGAGAUUCAAAGAGGCCAAGCCACUUGCCUGGGGUCUCAAAGGAGGCAGAGCCAGGACUUACACCCAGAUCCAGAGAGGACAGAAAAAUGUCUGCCCGGGACGAAAAGACGGUCACCCGAAGGGCCAAGGUGGCUCCCGCCGAGAGGAUGAGCAAGUUCCUGCGGCACUUCACUGUCGUCGGGGACGACUGCCAUGCCUGGAACAUCAACUACAAGAAAUGGGAGAAUGAAGAAGAGGAGGAGGAGGAAGAGGAGGAGGAGGAGGAGCAGCAGCCGCCGCCGCCGCCAACACCAGCCUCGGAGGAGGAGGGCAGAGCUGCCGAGCCAACUGCGGCCCCUGUCUCCACACCCCGGCGCCCUCUAGACUUCAGGAGCAGGUUGAAGAAGCUCUUCGGCUCCCACAGGUUUCAGGUCAUCAUCAUUUGCCUGGUUGUGCUGGAUGCCCUCCUGGUGCUGGCCGAGCUCAUCCUGGACCUGAAGAUCAUCCAGCCGGACAAGAACAACUACGCCGGCAGGGUGUUCCACUACAUGAGCAUCGCCAUCUUGACCUUCUUCAUGAUAGAGGUUUUCUUUAAAAUAUCUGUUUUCCGCUUCGAGUUCUUCCACCACAAGUUUGAAAUCCUGGACUCUGUUGUCGUUGUGGUCUCAUUUGUCCUGGACAUCGUCCUCCUGUUCCAGGAGCAUGAGUUUGAGGCCCUCGGCCUGUUGAUUCUGCUCCGGCUGUGGCGGGUGGCCCGGAUCAUCAACGGAAUAAUUAUCUCAGUUAAGACACGUUCAGAACGGCAACUGUUGAGGUUAAAACAGAUAAAUAUGCAAUUGGCUGCCAAGAUCCAGCACCUCGAGUUCAGCUGCUCUGAGAAGGUAAGAAAGCACUUCUGGGGAAAUACCACCUGUUGGCAGUUGCCCACCUCAGCCCAGUGCUUCUCACGCCAGGCCUUCGCUCCUGUGGGCCUUGAGCCAGGAACACCCCUCCCCCUGGCCAAGUCCUCCCUGCCCUUGCCUCCUUCCCAGAGCUAGGCUGGCGUCCCUCCUCUUGCCACUGGACCCCAUCUGACUGUGGCUUCGUGGCCUGUCCUCGUACCAGGGCUCACGGAAUGAUGGUCACAUCCCUGAUGAGGCUCAGAGGUAAACUCAGUUAUUUCUCUGCUUUUGUAAUAACAGGAACAAGAAAUUGAAAGACUUAACAAGCUACUGAGACAGCACGGACUUCUGGGGGAGGUGAACUAGAGGCAUCCCUGCUCCACUCCAGAGACACCGCCUCACGGGCUGUGGCUGUGAAUGAGACGCGUGGGGCAUCUGCGGGACAGGCUGGUCUGAUGUCUCUGCCUCCUACCCAACUUGGAUCCUGGAGGGACAGUCUUCCAGAAGGCUCUCUCUCUUCCUCGGUGUGACCGAGGGCUUCCCAUCCCAUUCCCACCUGCACUGUAUCACAAAUGUAUCAUAAGCUGUUUCUCAUGUU